CAGCCCCCCCUGGACCCCGCAUUUGCAUAAGCCCCUACACCAUCUCCUCGUCGUCCUCCUUGGCGGCAACAGGGCUUCUGAUAGAGCUUGCCAUCCAUUCUCGUCCUCAAAGGUGGGCCAAGGUCUCCCUUCCAGCCUGACAUUGUGCGCGUCAAGGGGGCGCGACCCGCUCCCACAUGGACGGCAUCAACCUUGCAAAUGCCAAGGCGCAGUGGGAUGAUGCUCUCAGGGCCGCCUUGAACUCAUUUCGUCUUCUCACCUCGCAGACCGAUGCCAAGAGCUGGAAACCAGUCCCACCGCUGGCACAGUCCUCCAGCCAUACAGGAGGCGCCAUAGGUGGACAAGCAUCUACUUCUGCGUCUUCUGUAGCUACUGGCAGCGGCUCAGCCACUUUCCCCAGAGCAGCAAGAGAGCGGACAGUGACUCCCCAGGCAUCCCGUCUAUUUGCUCCUUCCAGCCCCCUGUCGGCUCCCUCGCCCAAAGGAAAGGCAGUCGAUCGUAGACGAGCCAGUGUCGAUCUAAAGGAAUUCAACAGCUCUACCGUCCCCGCACAUGAGUUCCCACCAUUUGCGCCUCUUCUGGCAGACCCUUCCUCGGUCAAGGUGCACCGGAGAAGCGGAGGAAAAGCAGUAGGCCUCCCGGCCGGCGUAGAUGUGUACAGGGCAGUAGUGGAAGUCCCGUAUGAGGGAUCACCAGACCUGGAUCCGUUCCGUAGCGCAUUGACAACGCCGGAGGCCAGAACGAAGUGGGACCGGAUGGUGGAUGAGGCCGAGACAAUCGAGAUGCUGGACCCUCAGACUCGGAUCACCAAGACCAACUUCAAACUGGGAUGGCCAGCGAGUCCUCGUGACGCCAUUUGCAUCUCACGGUCCAUCAAUGAUGGGAACACACUCAUUGAUGUUUCCACCUCUCUCAAGCGCUCCGCCGAUGCUCCAGCAUACCUCCGUCCGGCUCCGCCCUAUGUCAGGUCGCACGUUCAUCUCGCUGCCUGGUGUGUCCAGCUGCCUGAAGAGAAGCAGAUGGAAUCCGAGCAAUCACGUAUACGCGUAACAUUAUACUGGUCAUGGGAUAUCAAGGGCAUGUGGGUAGGAAUGCCGCCAGGCGGGCUUGGCUCCCACUCGGUGUCACUCGUUACUGGCCUACUGUCCUUCGUUCGACAGGGCUCUUCCCACCUGCCAAGUCUGCGAAAUUAUGGGUCCACAGUGGAGAUACUCUCGACAUCUUACGAUACUAGCAGGGAUACGUUGUCCACGGAGUACUGUGUGCUAGCAGAUGAAGGUGACGAGAUUCGAGGCGCAUCACUCGAUUCGGCAAAGCCUCAAGACGCACUGGCGGAGGCAAUCCGAGCCCAGCAGCGGAUCCUGGGCAGUGGUAUCGAAUUUGCGUUGCCAGCAGAAGAGGGAUGGGACGUUAAAGUGCAGGUCAGGAGCCAACACACCGCUGAAGAAGGGGACCCUAGAAGAGGGCAAGGGUGGCAUACAUCUGCCGAAAGAGCGAAACAGGAUAAUGGCGCACUGUCCAAUUUGGUGACUCUUCGGGUCACCCACAGUCCUCUGCCCUUCUACGAAGAGAGUACCAGAGUCAAGAUCUCCAUUCAGAGGAUAGCAGCAAGUUCAGACAUCAGACUCAGGAUCAAUGACGAGAAUCACGACGUAGUGGAGACAGGCUCCUCGGCAGAAGCACUUGUGCCCGUUCCAAAUUUGGAAGAAGUGGGCCUGCUCAACGAUUCAGCGAGCCUGUCAGGCAUCAGCAUUGCUAGCCUCAGCUCGCAAGAGACGCCCGGCAUCAGUAAUGUACAGCCUGAGGGACGUUCGCACAAGCAUUCCGAAAGCGUGCACCAAUUCUCUUCCAGUAAGCGUAGCUCGGCAAUUGCUUCCAUCGUCCGCCGCAACUACAUUUACUUCACAUCAAUGCUACAAGAGCCGGAUGCCAAGUGGAAACACCUCAGUGACAGCAAGGGUGUGGCAGUCACACAGCUCGACAGCAUUGACCCCACACUGGUGGUCUACAGAGCAGAAGCUACAUUCGUUGGCGUCGGAGUGUGGGACAUUCUCGCCUCGGUCAGUAGUCCUGGAACACGGCCAUACUGGGACAAGAACCUGGAAGACGCCAAGCUCAUUGAGGAUUUGGGCGAUGUGAGUGCAGUCUGGCACACCAAGACGAAAGCAGCAUGGCCUGUUAGCCCGCGAGAUACGGUCAUGGUUGAGACGUCCUACAAGUCGCCCUCGUCAGUCCACCUCUUCUCAUUCUCGACCGAUGACCGAGGCCUGUUUCCUACCAUACCGGCUCCGGUCAACGGUACCAUCCGUACGCAAGUCGAUCUGCGUGGUUGGAGUAUAGAAUCGCUCAGUCCCACGACUGUGCAUGUCACGUUGAUUGAGCAGAGUGAUCCAAAAGGCUGGACCAGCAAGAGUGCCACACCGACAAUGAUGACGAAUGCAGUCGCUGGUGUGGGAGAGUAUGCUAUCAAAGUCGGAGCCCCUCCGCUUUUGACUCGUCUGCUCGGCGCCACUCUGACGGAUUCGAAGUACGAUCACGAGAAGGGCUUCUACCGCCUGGAAUAUUGUCAAGAUCCCGAGCAGGCGAACGAAGCUUCGCAAAAUGUGGAAUGUGAGCUACGAUGCGACAUCGAAGGGUGGUCACAAAACCUCGAUCUUGUGGUCGAUCCACCUCCGAUCAAUGUCAGCUGCCUGAGAAGGCAUAGACUAAGCCCGGGCGGUGGAGGGCUCUGGCUCACCAUUGAGCAUGUUCCUGAAAGUCUCGAAGACGACAUUGCGAAGGUCACCGUGCGCAAAGGUGGCCCGGGGGGCAACAAUGGAGCUCCGAAAGAGCGAGGUACAGUCAUAGUGAACGGCGCUAGGAUGAAAGUGGACGUAGAUGAACUGAAAGAAGGAGAGGCUGCUCAAUUGAAAGAGAAGAAGCGGAGCAAACCUCAAAGGAUCCCUCUGGAUCUUUUGGCCGGCGGAAGAUCAGGAGCCGUGGGAGGGGCCGGCUCUGCAGGUCGCCGAGGCAGCGCAUCAGUCAAUUCGCUCGAUGAUUACCCUGCGAGCAUCCCUUCGCGAGUAGGUACGCCGACUCCGCUGGAGGACAAGGGUACUUCUGCUCCGGCAACGGGAACGCCCUUUUCCGACAAGCAGCCGAAGUUCCCAAUGACACCGGCCCUUGAUGUUCUCUUCCUCCUACGACGCAUCUAUGCAGAAAGAAGUCCCGAUCCAGCAGUCACUCCGGCUGGCUGGGCUUUGGUAUCUCAUCGCAACGGACUCUAUGUGAGAAGGAAGGUCAUGGCUUCCAUCUCCCCUACCGUUGCUGUUCAGCGCGGUGACAAGGUCGUCCAAGGUCUCACGGCGGAAGAUCUGGUCACGGCAGUCUCAAGCCUUGGCUGCCGAAAGCAAUGGGACGAUAGAGUAGAGAGCACUAGAUUUCUAGAGAGCUACGGCAAUGGCGUCACGUCCAGCUUUAUAACAUCGACGGGCGCCUUUCCUUUCCGAGGUCGAGGAUUCUAUCUGGCUAGCCUGACAGCGAAGGCUUUGCCGACCGUUCUGCCCACCUCGUCGACUUCGUCUUCGUCAGUGCACUCGCAAGGCGUAUACUACCACGCUUCCGCUUCCUUCCCGGAGCAGACUUCUCGCUUCAGCCCUUCUCAGCUGAACAGUGCCGGUUAUCCGAUUGGCAAGGUCCUCGUAGACGGCUGGAUCUUCGAGACGUUGGAUCCCUAUAGCUCAACUCUGAACUAUCAGAUUCCGUCCACGAGAUGUACGCACAUCGUAGCCAUUGAUUACGCCGGAAGUCUACCGGCAGCGGUCAACACCAUCUGGAACUCGAACCUGCCCAGGAGCAUUUUGUCUGUGGAGGCUUUCCUCAAGGGCAGAGGUGCAGUACCGGCUGUGAGGUCACCCCCUGCUUUCCUGCAAGUGCUGGGUGACGGAAGGGACGAAGACCAUGACUACACAUGGGUGGUUGAAGACGAGAAGUCAAGUGAGGCGUCACCCAGCCAACCCCAAGCAACGCUUCUGUUCAACAAUUUCUCUCCUACUGCAAAGAGGCUCGAGGUCCUGGUCCUUGUUUCGGCCACAAAGACGAUCAAGUCAGAAAGCAGCAAUGGCAGUACCACCCCCAACCCACCCGUGACUCCCUCGAAAGCAUCGUCAAAGAAGCCGACAGCAGCUCUCCUCAGUAGUCCAGCUGCUGCGAGGCCUACUGUCACCGAUCAUGAUCCGAUGACGCCCCUCAAGCCGACCGCGUUGACGUCCGAUCAAAUGUCCCUUGCUCGCAAGGCCAGCUCGUCGUCACUUCGCUCUUCUGCCACUGUCAAGACGCCGACGCCUUCCACCUAUCGAGUGCCCCGUAUCUCGAUGAACAAGAAGGGUCAACAGAGUCGGCCUACUCUCAUUGCGGAUGUCGAAAUCGAGCUCAAACACUACAUGUCUGGCUACAAGAUCGAGAUCUUCUCAGAGUUCGGUGCGGAAGUAGGCAAAGAGAAGAAGAUCAUCGAAGAAAAAGCAGACACUGGCUCACGUGUCUCAUCGCUCAACGUAGCGGCAAAAGCCAAGAAGGAUCUUCCCAUCGAGACCACAGUGUAUGACUUGCCCCCUUCGGCAGUACUCGCUGCUACGCUUGACCCCUCUGCACGACCCCGUCGUCACCUUUUGCGGCUAUCGUUGCCCACGGAAAGCGAAGCAGAGACCAAAGGCGAUGGUGGUACGGAACGCGCAGACUCAUCAUGGCUCAAACAGAUGAAGGAGAGAGGUGCCACGAUCCGAGUCGUCGUCCGACCGGUUCGCUCGGAAGCGUCCUCAAUUGGGGUCGAGGUCCAGGCUACUGCCACUGCCCCUCUUACGGAUGAGCAGAAGGCGGAGCUGAAGAGGGAGGCAGAAGAGAUGGACUCACAAUCUGUCCCGGUCCAUCUAGGAGGGCAGAAGCUUGAAGUCGUCCAUGUCAAUCAGACUUCUGCCAUGCUGCAGAGAGAGUCCGAGAUAGGUUCUGGCCUCACCCGGCUGAGAAGGUUGCCGCGGCGUAAUGCAGCCAGCAGUGCUGCAGGAGAGACCGUCAAGGCAGAAGAUCAGAUCCCUCCAACGCUCGCUCAGCCCAUUGCGGCCGCUCUAGAGCUGAAGGAACCCCCAGCUCCACCACCUGAGGCUGCGAAGCCCGCAGCGGUGGCGCCUGUUGCUUCUGCUCCCGUGCAAGUUGGUGCAAGCUCUAAAGCUUCGACUGCCAGCAGUAAGGAGCCUUCGAAGCCUUCCAGUGAAAAGGAGGCUGCGGCUAGCAGCACGCAGAAGAAGGAACCGAUCACUGCGUCUUCAGCUACUGCUCACCUCAUGGGCCUACUUCAAUCCUACCCUCUCUCACGUCUGAAUCCAUCAACCGCUGUCUCGACCGUCUCAGCAAAUGGAGAAGCCGGUUUGCGACAGCGAAACGGAGAUGCGACAGGGCCUGUCGACAAGGGCAAAGCUUCAGCUCAAGGCACGGGUGAAGGUGCAGAUGCGGCUGGCCAAGGAUCGGCCGAAGCGGCUAGGCUGGGAGCUAAUGCGCCGAGGAUACUGGGCGGCCGGCUGUUCCACGAAGCGCGCUACAGUCUAGCAACGCUGCUUCUGGUGGCCAUCAUUUGCUUCCUCGCUGGUUCACUGAUCAGGGCCAUGCUCUCCCCAGCGGACUUUAUCUUCUACCCAUCCAAGGGGUCUUUGACGCUGCCUCAAAGUGAUCAGCCAGAUGCCCAAGGUCUGAAACCCCUCACGAGUCACGCGGCCGGAGCGGCAGCGGCGGAGAUUCAACGUAUGCUUGGUCAGCAUCAUCAUGAUCAUGGGAGCAUUGGUUUGCCUAUGGGAGCUGAUGGCGGUGGUGUUAGUGGUCCUGGUGGGUCCGUUGCGAGUGGUGGAGCUGCAAUUGCCUGGCGGAGGAUGUUGCGACUGGUAGAGAUCAAGAGGGCGAUUGCGGGUAGAUUCGAUCUGGUCCUGGCGGUGGUGGACCGAAGACUCUGAUGUACGGACAAGGAAUGUCACGAUGGUUGAUUUGUAUGUCUACCUCUCGACAAAUACAUUCUACAUUCACACAUG